CCAGAAUCAAUUUCUGAAAUUGUUCCUAGAUCAAUUUCUGAAAUUGUUUCCAGUUUUUUCAUUCCAGGAUCAAUUUCUGAAAUUGUUCCUAGUUUUUUCAUUCCAGGAUCGAUUUCUGAAAUUGUUCCCAGUUUUUUCAUUCCAGGAUCAAUUUCUGAAAUUGUUCCUAGUUUUUUCAUUCCAGGAUCAAUUUCUGAAAUUGUUCCUAGUUUUUUCAUUCCAGGAUCAAUUUCUGAAAUUGUUCCUAGUUUUUUCAUUCCAGAAUCAAUUUCUGAAAUUGUUCCCAGUUUUUUCAUUCCAGGAUCAAUUUCUGAAAUUGUUCCUAGUUUUUUCAUUCCAGGAUCAAUUUCUGAAAUUGUUCCUAGUUCGAUUUCUGAAAUUGUUCCUAGUUUUUUCAUUCCAGGUUCGAUUUCUGAAAUGAUUUCUAUUCUCUUUCACUCCAGGUUCGAUUUCUAA